AUUAAUCAUGGAAAUAUUGGCUAUUUAAUUUACAGCAUUAGGCUAUAAACGUUAUGUAGAAUGGCUGUAUUUGUAUGCUAGGCCUAUGUCACUUUAUUUCACGUGUGGAACAUCAAUUGCAUGCAUAUGUGACCAAUUUAAAUCGAUGUAUGCGAAAGAUAGAAGAAAUAAGUCAGGGUUCGGUGUGGUUUCAAGUUCAGGUUACCCGAUCUUAAAAUGACCCAGUUUAUUCAUUGCGCCUACAUCAGGUCACCGCAGGGCCUACUACAAAGCUCAGUGGGACUGUCAGGAGGUGAGCCUGACAAGCCACCGGCUUCGCUGUGCUGGAAUCACGGGGGAAUUCAUUAAUUGGGAUCCAGGUGUCGAAUGCACACCAGGGUAAUGGGCUGAUUGCGGGUUUAUCUGGUGGGGGAGCGGCGCAGCUGAGUUCCGUAGGCUAUGUAAUUAGUGAUUUGUGUGGGUAUAAAGGGGAGGCAAGUGACAGUAGCCUACAGAGGAGAGACGUCGGAUGGAUGGAUGGAUGGAUGGAUGGAGGGAGUUCCUCAUGAGAGGAUUUUUAGCUUCGGUUUUUCGCUUCUUUUUUUUUGGUUUCGCUUUCGUUUGUUUUUGUAUGAGUGUGUUGUCUCUUCUGUCUGGCGGUGGCUUCCUGGAAGGCGGUCCCGGAGGAGGAGGAACGCUGCAGUGAUCCUGUGAGGCGCUGCGCUGGCCCUCCUGGAAUGAACUUCGGCUUGAACGUCGGUAGACGAGUGCUCUCAAAAAUGAGGAAUAGAUGCCCCGAGUUUCAAGCUUGUCGCCUUCUUAGGCUGCUGCCAUUUGCUGACUCACUGCUGUGUAAUAGAUUGAGAGUAUUGUAUGGUCUGUGUGGGUGUGUCAUCCUGCUACUAUUUUUUCUCAUUGGAGCAUCUGGAAGGUUUUUUGAAAGUGCUGUGAGAGAAUUCCGUUCACCUCCAGGUACAAAGCUACAAACCGAAUACAAUGUAGACAGCUCCCUAGAUCUCCGGUCCCGAACUGAUGUGACUACUUGCACUGACUGGGGAGCACCCAUUAUGUGGGAUGGGAUGUUUGAUCCUAACAUCUACGAUGAGCAUCACAAAAAAAUGGGCAGCACUGUUGCACUGACAGUAUUCGCCAUUGGGAGAUACCUGGAAUUGUACCUGAUGGAAUUCCUGACCUCGGCAGAUCGUCACUUCAUGGUGGGUUUACCGGUGACGUACUACGUGUUCACCGAUGCCCCUGAGAACGUGCCGGGGCUCCACCUGAUGGCAGGGAGGACCCUGGAGAUUAUACCGGUCAAGCGGCACGAGCGCUGGCAGGACAUCUCCAUGAUGCGCAUGAAGACCAUUGCGGACGCUAUCCAGACACGCAUCCGGCACCGGCACCGGUACAUCUUCUGCCUGGACGUGGACCAGGUCUUCGUGGGUCGCUUCGGCUCGGAGGCCCUUGGGGAAUCGGUGGCGCUUAUGCACUCUUCCUUCUACAACACCCCCCAGGAAAGGUACACCUAUGACCACAACCCGAACUCCACGGCCUACAUGGAGAAGGGGGACCUCUACUACCACGCGGCUGUCUUCGGGGGCACGUGGCAGAGUGUGGCGAACCUGACAGAGAGCUGUCACCAGGGCAUAAUGGCAGACAAGAGGAACCAGGUGGAGGCUCUGUGGCACGAUGAGAGCCACCUUAACAAGUACUUUUGGCUCCACAAGCCCAGCAAAGUGCUCUCCCCAGAGUAUUGCUGGAACUUACUGAAUGGCUUCAGCAAAGAAAUACACGUUCAGCGCCUGCGCUGGGGAGAGAAACACGAUGACAGGAGGACCUAGGGGUAGGAUGGACCAAAAAAAAUAUCAUUACUUGCACUCUUGCAUUACUUGCGAUACAACAAAUGCACACUUGCACAUUUACAACAUAUCGCAUUUAUCAGAUUGAGAACUUUGCAAUUUAAAAAAAAAUCAGUUUAAAAAAAGAUUUCAGUAAUCAGCACAAAACCAAAACCUGAUUUGUACACAACUGUAAACAGCACAGUAACAUCCUCCAUGGACCUAAUAGAAAAUAAGAUUCUCCACAAUCAACCUUUACAGCUGUUAAUGUCACUGUUGGUAUGAUUUCAAAAGGGUUACUAUUAGGCAUGAAUCUAUUGCAGAUAACUGUUGUUGACUUUCAACAGGUAGAAAGCUUAAACUUUCUAUGGGAAAGACCUUAGAAAACCACUCCAUUUUAGCUUGCAGCACUAUAACUUUAGCCAGCAGGCUAGUAGUGAUAAUAAAUUAUGUGAAUGAGUAGGUCUACACAAUCAUGUCAUUGUACCCAGUAAGGGGUCAACACAUCACAAUCCCAAUGGUGCAGGGGACAAAGACAUGUACUUACACUGGUAUUUUGGAUAUUAAAGCCCAUUUACUAUAAAUUUUCAGCAAAUAGUCAUGUCAGGGUUAAGAAGACAUGGAAGUUUGAAUUUAAUUUGUAAAACAGUCUUUUCUCCAUGGAAUACCUUCUGGCAGAAAAACAUUCUGCUUUCAGGAAAUGUGUUACUAACAAUAAAACUCAACAUAACUUCAGAGAAUGUCAUUAAUUGAUUAGCCAUCCAUGCUUUAAAAUUCAUUAUUAUGCAACAAUGAAGUAACUUUGACAAAAAAUUAUUUGGACAUCAUUUCCGGAAUGAUGGAUUCUCAAGCAACUUUUAAAGUUUCGGCAAGUUGAUAUUCAUACCGUUCGGAAAUGAAUGGAAACAAAUGGCUGGCUGAAAGGUAAACAAAUUGUUGGGGAAAAACUAGCUAAUUCUACUAGCUAGCUAAAACUAAAGCUGUUGUAUGUCUUGUGGCAAUGUAAAGUAUGCCUACACAAAAUUUGUACUAAAUGGGCUUUUUAUGUCCAAAAUACCGGUAGAUCGGUUAAACAGGAAGCAUCUGGCUGGAAAGCACAGCUUACUGUUUCCAUGUCCAGUUCCCUCCCCUAUAAAGAGGUCAGUACUGCUGGACUAUCACUAAUGGAAAUACACAUUUUAGUGUGCUAGUGUCCAUUUGUAAUGCCAGGACAGGAAUGAAAUUCAAAUUCUGUUCAUUUCAUGUUACCACUCCCACACCUACUUUGUGCUUGUAACUAUCAAGGUUAUGUCUUCCAAGAGUGGCUAGUACUUACUGUUAAUAUGCUACCGUACCAAAGAGAGAGAU